GCAACAAAGUGGUGGACCGACCGACUACCAAUGGUUUUAUCGCAAAAUCGCUGCCAACAUUCAGUUGACAAUACUCCAAACAGUGUAGUUCGUCGUGUUUUGCAGACGAUCUCUGCACUCCGUUGACAACGACAACCAAAAACUACAACCGCCAACGCAUGCGUGUAGACACGCCCACUUUCCAGAAGCGUCACUGAACGUAAUCUUGACAGCUUUCAGGAUGUUUCCAGCUCGUGGUUCAUUUCGAGGUUCCAGAGGAGCCUGUUUCGCACAAAUCCUCAUGAAGAAUUUGCCUGUGACGCCAGGACUGACUGAAUCAUAUGAACCUCUGUCUACCUCAAAUGGUCCUAGUAAAGACGACCAAGUGAAAAAUACAUUCAGACCUGGUCCUGCUAUCAAGCCAAAACUCUCACCUAAAAUGCUGAUUGACAGAUACAGGCAAGGCGAGUCAAAUGCCGUGUCUUUACUCCAUCAGCUUGCCCAGCUUUUGCAAUUCCACCUGGAACUUAAGGAGACGGUGACCACAGGCAACAUACCAGGGCUUUAUUUUGCCUUUUGUGUGGUAAUUGAUGGGGUUGAGUACAACACUGGCAUGGGACGAACCAAAAAGGAGGCUCGGCUCAAAGCGGCGGUGCUCGCUGUGCAGGACCUGCUGCCCACUUUGGAAAGUAUGAAGUCUGUCCUCCCUGAAGCAUCAGGUGUCCCUCCACCCCUGCCAGUAAAAGAGGAGCCCUCCAUCUCUCACAUCCAUCCUUGUAGAGCCAUUCAUGAAAGGAAGAAUUCGGUCAACCUCCAGAUUCCACACGCUGUCAGGGAUCAGCUCACUAAACUGAUGAACUGCCACCCCGAGUUCUCUGCCUGUGCAGGCACUACAGCAGCAUUCAUCAUUCAGACUUCCAGUGGAUGUGAGGUGGUCGCUUUUGGCACCGGGAACUUCAAUACUAAAGAGAGUGCCUCGUCUAGUGGACGGAUUGUACACGAUUCCCAUGCAGUGGUAACUGCAAGGAGAUCACUUAUGAGGUUUCUAUACCGGCACCUGCUGAUGUUCUUCAGCAAAACGACCUAUCUGACGGAGAAGUCAAUCUUCCAGCAGAACAGCAGCAGCGGCCUCCUCAGCCUGAAGAGCGGCAUCACCCUCCACCUCUAUGUGAACCAACUGCCAAAGGGUGCUGCUCAGAUCCCUUCCAAGCUGCGCCUGAACCCACUCUCCAUUUCGGCAUGGCAAGUGAACAACGAGAUCAGCCUACACCUGUCAGUGGAGGGCAAGGUGUUCUCAGUUUUCUCGUCAGCCUUUGAUCACUCUGCCUCCAAGGUGGUCAGCAUGUCCACCACAGACAAGCUCACUCAGUGGCAGGUGCUAGGAUACCAGGGAGCCUUGCUUAGCCACUUCAUUGAGCCCAUCUAUGUCCAAAGCAUCCUCAUAGGUGACUCUGGUUGCAGUGAUAUCCGUGGCAUGGAGCUCUCUGUGAGCCAGCGCGUGGAGGGGAUCACCUCCCAGCUGCCCAUGUUCUACUGCAUGAUGAGGCCGCACAUCAGCCUGGCACCUUCUGUGGCUACCAACAGCACCAACAGUGGCCAAUUGACCUACGGUAUCAACUGGAGUGAAGGAGACAGCUCCCUGGAGGUUGUGGAUGGCUUGGAGGGCAAGACCAUAGAGGAAUCUCCCUUUAAGAGUGGCUCUGCUCUGGCAAGCCGUCUGUGCAAAGCAGCGAUGCUGCACCGUUUCAAGUUGGUGGCCAAAGAGGCCCAGAGGCAGGACCUGCUGGCCACAAGCUCCUACAGAGAAGCCAAGAGGAUGGCGAAGCCGUACCAGGAGGCCAAGAACGUGCUGAGGGCGUACCUGUUGCAGCAGGGCUUCGGUUCCUGGCUUGUCAAGGUUUCAGUUAGUGAUAACUUCAGCAUGUGAAUAAAACCACAUUAUCAAUGGAGAAAAAAAGCUACAUUAUGGAAGCAAUUGUAUUACAAAAUUUUCUAACCAACUUUAGUUUGCGAGAAACACUUGUGAGACUUCACCGUCCCUGGUUUCUUAAGGGAUUAAACUAAAUUCCUUUUCAUGUUUGUGAACUCUGUCUAUGGUCUUUGACACUCAGGGUUAUGUCUGAUUUUCAAAAGAGGAAUACAAAUACUAAACAUUUGUAUAAAAUAGCCUUUUUUUUUCUUUUCUUUUUUAAGCAAACAAGUUAUAUUGCAGCCCACUAUGGGGCUUUAUCUGGGUAAUGGUUCUGCUUCCUUCAGUUUACAUAGUUAUGUAUAUAUACUGUAUAUGGCGAUAAGAGCAUGCGCUAUUUACAUUGUUUUGCGGUUUAGAAUAGUAUUUUAUGCUAUUGUGUGUAAUGUAAAUGACAAUGUAGAAUAUAUGGUUAUAACUUUUGUAUCCUACUUUUGAACUCUGCCUUUAUAGUCUUAAGGGCUCUGAAGUAUGACAAGCUAGUUAUAUUAUUAUUGUUACAUAAAAGUCCAGAGUUUGGUCUCGCUAAAAUUACUUUUUGUGUUUUCAUCUCUUGGGGAAAAUUCCCAUUUUUGGUCCAUAUUUAGCGAUUUGAUUUAACACUUGAUAUUGUACAGUGCAUGAUUUGAGCCUUAGUAAGCCAUAGCUAAUGCAAGAAUAUAAAUCAAUAAAAUAAAUCAAUCUGAGCUCAAAUGCUGGAGUAGAGUACAUGUUUAUUUAAAAAUUACCAAAAAAACACUUUAAAGGUAAAAGCUCACCACUUAUGUCGUUACAUCCCAACAUCUACCAAAAGUUACAGAAAAUCAGAAGCUGUGAUAACAGGAUCACAGAUACUUUGUUAAUCAGAAUGCAAAUGAAAAUAAAGGGGAUAAUCAAAACAAGACUAAGGCAUAGUGCUUUAGGCAGUGAUUUUGUGUAUGGAAAAAGUGCUGCCUGGAGCGUGUUUUGUGAAGAGGAAAAGAGUGGACUGUGCACCUUGUCUUCAUAUCGUAAAAAUGCACUGCGUUUUACUUCAUUUGUCAGUAAGUGAGCUGUUGUCAUGAUUCAUACUGACAGAUUUUAAUAUGAUAUAUUUUAUGAUAAUAGUAUUAUAUUAUAGUAAUAGUACUUUUAUUAUUCACAGAAUACUGCAACAGAUGUGUCUGUCAUUAGAAAUCUACAAAACUCCAACAUACUCUAUGCAAUUAGCCCAAAUCUCUCUAGUUUGAUAAAAAUGUGUGACCUCUAAGAUGAACAAGAAUAAUUUGCUGGGAUAAACGUUUUAGCUACAGCAGGAAAUGUUUGUUCCAUGUGCUAAUGCAAUGUGUUUGUACCAAUUUUGCCAUAGUUUAUUGUGUUUUUUCAGUUUUGUUGUUUACAGGUAGGUUUUUGGUUGGUAGGAAAAGGUCUGGAUAUCUCCCAGAAAUGACCAAGACUAAAAAUAUGCCUGAGCUAAAACAGUACAUCACAGAGAUAGGACUGAAGGAAUAGUCGACCAGCAGAGAAUUGAUCAGUGAAUAUUCUGAUGGAUUCAUUAUUUAGGUAUUUUGCAAAGACAAAGUAAUCUAUUUGGGGGAAUCACUUAGGAAAUGCUAAAUCAUGUUGGUUAUUAUUUUAGCAUUUAACAAGAUAAAUGAUUAAGUGAUUAUUCCAAAAAAUAAAUGAUAGGUUAAAAAUUAAAACAGAUUGUCACUUGCAAUCCUACACAGAGAUGAAGUCCGAGGUGAAAUUGCACUUUAGUGCUCCAACCCUGGUCACCAUAUUGCACCACCAUGUCUCCUCAUUAGCCCAGAAUGGACAAACCAAACAUUGGCUCUAGAUAGGGUUAAGAUCUGGCUGCUUGUCACAGGAUUCAAGCAUAUUGACCCCUCCAUGUUGAUGGAAACUGUUUUGCCUCAUACGCAUACACAGGAAAUGCUUUGGUUUCCUGUGUAUGCGAUGCAGUGGAUCAUUUACUCUCAAGUGUUGAGCAGUCUUCUGAAUGGAGUUGUGUGUUUACUUCCUACUGGUUUGGCCAUCAGAUGGAAUUACCAGUGCAUUCAGGGAACUUGUGUCCAAGGAGCAAGCCUUUCAGUUGUAUGUAUAGCUCCAGGUUUCAUACUUAUUUGUCUAUUUUUAUGUUAUCGCCUUUACAUUGUAUGUUGUGCAGAGUGUGAUCGUGCAGUGUUAUGCAGUGCACCAAACCCUGAUAGCACCUUACACUGUUUAUAAUUUUAUGUCAGUAAGGCAAUGUAGUGGAAUGGUUAAAUGCAGAUUAGUUUUAUUGGAAUACAAUUUAGUGUUGGCUUGAUGCAUUUUAUACUAAAAAGCCAUGUUGUGUAAGACACUGCAUGUAAAUUGCCCUCCUUCCUGCUGCAGCCAGCACAUGUUGUAAAUAUUUUAUGUUGUAAAUUCCUUUGUUGUUUUUCAGUUAGCAGGGAAAAAUCUGAUUAUCAAGACAGGUAAUUGACAUCUGCCCUUAAAAAAAAUCCUCCCUUCCAGUAGUCCAUUUUUAAGACUUUUUUCAUCAAUGCUAUAAAGUGUGUAUGUGUCUAACAUCAGGCAACCAACUCAUAGUUGACUUUUCUUUAAAAUGGCAACAACCCACAGUAUUUCAGUAUUGUGAUUUUGGCUGAUUCUGAAUGUUCUACGUGUAAUUAAAUUCUGCAUUCUCUUGUA